CUACUCCUCCCCUCCUCUUUCGCAUCUUCUCCACACUGCAGCAGCACUACCAUGAAAUCCGCAUUAAUGGGUUCUCUCAAAUUCCAAAUCCCACAACUAGGCUUCCUCAAAACCCUACAAAAACCCCACCUUCCUCGUUCCUCAGUCAUCACCUGCAGUCUAAGAGGGAAGCCAAGACCACCUUUGUGGAGGGCAAAGAGGUUAUCCACUGAAGCCAUUCAAGCAAUCCAGUCUCUCAAGUUAGCUAGAUCGUCCACACCAAGAUUAGAAGAAGUCUUUAACAGUAAGCUCUCAAGAUUGCUCAAGACUGACUUAUUGGAUACCCUUGCUGUCUUGCAAAACCAAAAUGAGUCGGACUUGGCCCUCAAGGUGUUUGAGUUUGUGAGGAAGGAGGUGUGGUACAAGCCAGAUAUAUUAUUGUAUCAUGCAAUGAUUCAGAUGUUGGGGAGGAACAAAAUGGUUGAAAUGGCUGAGGAAUUUUUUGGCAAAUUGGAAAAAGAAGAAGGGUUGAAACCGGAUACAAGAGCAUUCACUGAGAUGAUUGGUGCUUAUCUGCAAGUGGAUAUGAUUGAUAAGGCGAUGGAAACAUAUGAAAGAAUGAAGGCAUCAGGAUGUGACCCGGAUAAGUUAACUUUUAGAAUUUUGAUUAGGAACCUUGAGGAUGCUGGAAAAGAAGAGCUUGCAGAUCGUAUAAAGAAAGAAUGUGGUGAUUAUAUGGAUUAUCCUCAGAAAUUCCUUGAAGAAGUUGAGAGAAAAAAAAAUGUAAAGAGGCUGGUGGUCGAUUUUUUUUAAAGAUUUCCAGUGCUUAGAAUGGAAAGGUCGUCGUGGCUGGUUUGCAGUACUGUGUACUUAAAUGUCAGAAGGCUAGGAACUUUGCUGUCAGUUCCUGCGAGGCAGAUUUGAUUUGUACAUUGUUAAAGCUGCAGAGCAGACGACCUCGUGCAAGUUGUUAGAAGAACAAAGCAUUAGAAUAGUUGAGGAAUAUGGGCUAGCAAAACGUUAGCUAAUGAACGAACCCUAUUGGAUAUGGAGACACUAGAUAUUUGCAAAAGUUGCAGUAAACUUGCAUUUUCCAGGCUUUUCAG